UGAUCCUGAUCCUUCCGAAGUUCCGAAUGAUGAAACACAUAAGAACAACACGAUUUUUGCCGACAAUCUACGAAGAGCCGAUAGAGCACAAUUUUCUCCAAGAUCCAUUGCCGAAGCCACCAAUGCUCCUCGCAAUGCCCAUAAUUCCACCGCCUAAGGAAUUCAAAGAUAUCACGGGAAAGGACAUAAACGAAAUUCAAAGGCAAUUGGAUGUGCUCUCAAGAUUAGUCACAGAAUUAUACCUGAGCCUUAAUGAAUUGAAGAUGCAAACUCUAAGCCAGGCGAUUGAACUGGCACCAGCAGCACCACCAUCCAUAGAGAAGAAGAAGAAAAGCAGAUGGUGGAAAAGCAGAUGGUGGAAAAGCAGAUGGUGGCUGCUGGGCUGCUGUUGAUUUUUUUUAUUUUAUUUUAGAGAGAGACUUUUUUAUUUUAUUUUUAAAGUUUAGUUAUAUUUUUAUAUGUUGUUUGUAAAGUGAUAUUUUUGUUUUUUUCUUUUAUUAAAUUUAUUGAGUCAGCAUAGUUGGGAUUCAAUUUUUACAAAGAUACUUCCUCCAAAAACUUAACUAAGAUCCUUAGUUGUUUUUUCUUUUCUUUCUUUUUUUCUUUGGCAUCGCUCAGAAAAAACUAUUCUUUCAAGCACCGACUUGAUUAAUGUAAGAGACUCUGAACAUUUAAGCUACAGCUCAGAAAUGUAUCCUAGCGAAUGGAAGAAUUGAGAGAUUAAACUUUCAUUAUAUGAAUCAGUGCCUGCCAGAUCCUGUUUUGGAUUACUUUUCCACUUUUAUUGUAUGUAAUUCCCUAUCCUGCGCAUACAGCAAAAGUGGAAAAGUAAUCUGAAACGGUCUCU